GUAGGGUAGAUUCUUUUAAAUCAGAUUCCUUUAGAUCAAAAGGGUUAUCGAUCAAAUUUUAGACAGUAGAGUGUAAACUUAGCUGUAAGUGACCCUUUAUUCAUUAAAUGAAAGGCUAGACACACAUUAGUUCUCUUUAACCUGUAUCUGUUAGAAGGUAGAUAACACUGAUUUUCUCUCAUAAAUAUACUAGUUACUUUUACAAAGAAAUUGACUUUGAAAAUAGUCCAUUUUUGAGGGAUAAAGAAGGAUAUCUCAUUAAUUCAUUAAGAAGAAUAUCUCAUUAUUUGUUUCUAUCAAUCUUGAAUUUAGGUUUACUUGGAAUUAGGAUGACGGUCGAAUUGUUAUUAAAUCAUAACCAUAUAAAUAUUCUAGGUUGUAAAUUAUUUCUGGAGGGAGAUAUAAUUAGUUGGAAGAAUAUUAAUUGGAAGUUGAUUGGGAGAAAGAAAAUUUCUGAAAAGCAGACUUUAGACUUAGAAGAAGAAGUUUGCAAACCUACAAACACCACUAUAUAUUUCAUCCCUUUAAUGAGAAGUAAUCAACCCUGGGGGUUUCACACUUGCAGGAAGUUUUCUGGGCGCCAACUAACCUAUGAUACUAAGGAAGAGUUCAAUGCUCUCACAAAGUACUUCUCAGCUUCUAAAUUCAUGAAAUCUGACUGCAGCACACAAGAGGCAGAUAACCCAUCUUAUCUCAUUAGAAUUAAUUUUGGCACUUCAGACGAAGAAGAAGAAGGAAUCUGGAAACAUGUUCAUAAUAGUAAACAAAUUGAUUAUCUGAACUGGCUGCCCAACAGACCUUAUGUUGGAUCUCAAGCUUACAACUGUCUUACAUUCUGGGGAGACUAUAUUCCAUCGAAUACUACAUAUUCUGAACCACAACAUUCUGCCAUGGUAGCAGACUAUGUAUGUUCAGAACCCUACAAUUGCGCAGCAUGCUUAGUCACCAACAACAGAAGGAAAAUAUAUGUUCGAGGACUGUGUCAAUCCUCGAUGUUUAACAGUGAGUACUUGUUUAAUAUUAAUGAUGAUGGAAAAGUUCUGUACCUUGGCACUACCACUUCCUUUAUCAUCUUCGAUAAGGCAAAGCUUGAAUGGCUUUGGUAUGACAAGAAGGAAAAUUCAAGUGUUGCUAAAUCUACAUCUACUGAAGAUUCUUUACUCCUUGGUGUGAAUACUUUUGAUUUUAGUGGUGUAAAUGCAGACUCUUGCAAGAAGAUUGGUGAGUCCAUGUUAAAGAUGAUAACAUUCACUACAUGUUCAGAUACACAAUUUACAUGUAAUGACGGUCAGUGUAUUGACAUGGAAGAGAGAUGUGAUCAGUCUGUAAAUUGCAUUGAUGAAUCGGAUGAGGAUAACUGCAAAAUGAUUUUCAAAAAGGAUAAUUACAAGAAGACCAUAGCUCCCUUUAGGAUUCAGUUUGAAAUAAUUAGAAAUUAA